ACAGAGACACAGUUGCUCACAACAUCGCCCGGCGCUCCUCGUCACAUAACCUGCAUGCACAUCAGGUCGGCCGGCAGUCAGAGAGCGCUGUGCGGCUGAAGAUGCCUUCCUCUGCGUGGCUGUGGGCGGCUUCUGUGGUCGUACUGACCGGCCAUCUUUUUUGCGCCGCUGCAUAUGAACGAACCGAGAGGAACUGCUCUCUGACUCCACCGUAUCUCCCCAGCACAGCAGUAAAUACUUCUAUCCAGCUGCAGGAGCUGCGAGCCCAAAUGCUGCCCCUGAAUGUCUCUGCCUACAUCAUUCCUGGCACUGAUGCUCACCUGAGUGAAUACAUCGCCCCACGUGACGCCAGGAUGGCCUUUAUGACUGGUUUUACAGGCUCUGCAGGCACUGCUGUUGUCACUCAGACCAAGGCGGCUCUGUGGACUGACAGCCGCUACUGGGUCCAAGCUGAGAGGCAGAUGGACUGCAACUGGGAGCUGCAGAAAGACGUUUCCAUCAUCAGUGUGGCAGAGUGGCUCAUCUCAGAGGUACCAGCAGGAGGCAACAUCGGUUUUGAUCCCUUCCUCUUCUCCCUCAAGACGCAAGAGAACUACGCCAUGAGUCUGGAGUCCAGCAAUCAAAUCCUAAAGUCCAUUCCUGUCAACCUGGUCGACCAGGUGUGGAAAGACAGACCUCAAAUCCCAGCAGACAGCCUCACCCGUCUGCCUGAUAGAGUCAUUCAAAGGACGUGGCAGGAUAAGGUGGAGCAGAUACGGAGUCUGAUGACGACCAAUCCAUACCAACCCACAGCUCUUCUGCUCUCAGCUCUGGAUGAAACAGCAUGGCUCUUUAAUUUACGUGGAAACGACAUUCCCUACAAUCCUUUCUUCUACUCCUACACACUUCUAACUUUAGAUCAGAUCUGGCUGUUCGUCCACACAAACAGAGUGACUGAGGAGCUGAAGGCGUACCUGAGCGCGUCCUGUACCGGAUCCCUCUGCGUGCAGCUGAAAAGUUACGACUCUGUUCGUGAGAAUCUGAUGACCUACGUCGCUCAGUCCGACGUUAAAGUGUGGAUUGGUACAGAAUACACAAACUACGCUCUUUAUGAGCUCAUAACACCUCAGGAGAAACUAAUUACAUCCUCCUAUUCUCCUGUGUUGACAACUAAAGCUGUGAAAGAUGAGACUGAGGAACAAAUACUGAGGGAAGCUCAUGUGAGGGAUGCGGUUGCAGUCAUCCAGCUGCUGAUGUGGCUGGAAAAGGUCGUCCCAGCAGGGAACGUGACCGAGCUGAGAGCUGCAGAAUAUGUAAAUCACUGUCGCAGCAAACAGAAGGACAACAGAGGCCCGAGCUUUGAGACGAUCUCUGCAAGCGGACCAAACGCUGCUCUCGCCCACUACAGUCCGUCAGAAGAAACCGGCAGGAGGCUGACGGUUGAUGAGAUGUUCUUGGUUGACUCCGGCGGUCAGUAUCUAGACGGGACCACUGACAUCACCCGCACGGUUCACUGGGGGACACCCACAGAUAUGCAGAAGGAGGCGUUCACUCGAGUUCUCAUGGGAAACAUUGAAAUAUCUCAAACUGUUUUUCCAUCAGGGACAAGCGGGGUGCGCAUAGAGAUGCUGGGCCGUCGGGCUCUGUGGGAGGUGGGCCUGAACUACGGCCACGGCACCGGUCACGGAGUGGGAAACUACUUUGGAGUUCAUGAGUGGCCGGUUGGAUUUCAGAGCAACAACAUUCCCUUUAAAGCUGGCAUGUUCACGUCUAUUGAACCUGGAUAUUACAAAGAGAAUGACUUUGGCAUUCGGAUUGAAGACAUCGCUGUGACCGUUCCGGUUCAUACGAAGUUUGGACAUAACUUCCUGACAUUUGACACUGUGUCUCUGGUCCCAUACGACAGAAAACUCAUCGACACUUCACUCCUCAGUGCAAAGCAGCUGCAGUGGCUGAAUAAUUACUAUGAGAUGAUUCGUCGGCUGGUGGGCCCUGAGCUGGACAAGCAGGGGCUGCAGGAGGAGAAGGACUGGAUGCUGAGAAACACCCAGCCUUUCACCGAGGCUGGAUCCUCCGCCUCCGUCUGUUCCUCCUCCCUGACCCUCAUCGCUCUGGUUUUCGCUCUGCACAACAUCAUCUGAGCGUCUCUUCCCGCCGCACUCCUCAGCAGACUUGCACUCAAAAGUUACCUCUAUGCAGUCUCCACCGAGCAGCUACACCAGCUUGCACAGAAAUUUAUAUUAAAAAAAUAUUUAAAAUGUAUGAUAUAUUUAAUAAUUUAAAACAUGUGAGCAAAUAUAUGAUUUUUUUUGUGUGUUUUUUAAUAUUUAAAAUUAUAUUUUGUGAUUUUUUUUUUUUUAUGUUAUAGUUUGAGGUUUUAAACUGGACAUUUGUAUGACCAGCUAAUAUAAUGUAUAUUUUAAUAAAGUGCCACACUUUGAAACAACGACGACUGACAAAGUUGUUGCUGAUUGUUUAACCAAUA